AAAAGAAAAAUAGUUUGAGGAUUAGAGCUUAAAAUGGAUUGGAACAGCAGAGCCAGCGCAGUUUGGAACAGCCUUUACAAAUUUAGGGAACAAAAUCGGGAAAACAUGAUGCAGUGUAUAUUUCUUCUAUCAGAUUCCGGGGAAGUGUUGCUUGAGAAGCAGCUUACUGGUCACCGGGUUGACCGCGCCAUAUGUGAUUGGUUCUGGGACCAUAUACUUACUCAAGGUGAAUCUUUGAAGCUUGUACCUGUUAUUGCUUCACCCACCCACUACCUGUUUCAAGUUGUUCGUGAGGGGAUCACCUUCUUGGCGUGCACCCAAGUUGAGAUGCCACCUUUGAUGGCAAUUGAGUUCCUUUGCAGGGUCGCUGAUGUUCUUUUAAAUUAUUUGGAUGGCUUGAAUGAAGACGUGAUUAAGGAUAACUUUGUUAUUGUUUAUGAGCUGCUAGAUGAGAUGAUAGACAAUGGCUUCCCUCUAACAACAGAACCUAAUAUCCUAAGGGAAAUGAUAGCUCCUCCAAACAUUGUUAGUAAGGUUCUGAGUGUUGUCACUGGUAGCACAUCCAAUGUGAGCAAUACACUUCCCGGGGCAACUGCUUCUUGUGUUCCAUGGAGAAAGACAGACCUUAAGCACGCCACGAAUGAAGUUUAUGUUGAUCUUGUGGAAGAAAUGGAUGCCACUAUAAACAGAGAUGGGAAUCUGGUAAAAUGCGAGAUAUACGGUGAAGUUGAAGUAAAUUCAAAUUUAUCAGGUCUUCCGGAUCUAACUCUGUUGUUUGCGAACCCUUCGAUUUUUAACGAUGUGAGAUUUCACCCUUGUGUUAGACUUCGGCCAUGGGAAGCUAACCAGAUUUUAUCCUUUGUGCCACCUGAUGGACAAUUUACCCUCAUGAGUUACAGGGUAAAGAAGUUGAAGAGUACUCCAAUCUAUGUGAAGCCACAAUUCACCUCAGAUUCAGGGACAUGUCGUGUAAGUGUUUUGGUUGGAAUUCGGAAUGAUCCUGGGAAGUCAAUUGAUAAUAUUGCAGUUCAGUUCAAACUACCACCUUGUGUCAAAUCAUCUGAUCUUUCGUCAAAUUAUGGAUCCGUGAAUGUUCUUGCUGACAAGACCUGCUCGUGGACGAUCGGGCGGAUGCCAAAAGAUAAAGCUCCUUCCAUGUCUGGAACCUUAGUUCUUGAAACAGGCAUGGACCGGCUUCAUGUAUUUCCGACUUUCCAAGUUGGUUUCAGGAUCAUGGGAGUUGCUCUCUCCGGCUUAAAAAUCGAUAAGUUGGACCUAAAGAAUCCACUUUCUCGGCCGCAUAAAGGUUUUCGGGCUCUUACAAGAGGAGGUGAGUUUCAAGUGAGAUCAUGAUCAGAUUAUCGAUGCAAGAAGCAUAAUAUCAAGUGUGACCUUCAGUGUUUCAGUUGUACAUUUAUACAUUGAAGGGUAUUGGUGCAUGAAUAGCCCUUGUUUUUAAUCAUAAGUAAUUAUUUUUUGAAUUUUUUUGUUUCAAAUACUCCUCCAUCAAUCUCUGUGAUUUGAGUUUUACUCGGGUGAAAUGAUUGCAUA